AUGUCACUUCGUGAAAUACGUACGACUAAGGAUGCAGGAGCCAGCCGUAAAAAUCUUUUGGGAAAAAUUACAACUGAUUACGAGACACAUGGUGAAUAUAAAAUGGAACAAGCUAAGAGUAAGAAUGUCAUUAUCAUAGGUAGAACACGUUCAGGAAAAUCAACGAUUAAAUCAUUACUGCUGAAUCCCGCCAAAGUAUCCGACGAAUUGACACUGAAAUCCGGCACAAGAGAUCCUCACAUAGAAUCAUUUCACAUUACGGAAAUAGGUGCUACAAUUAACAUUAUUGAUACACCAGGUCUGUUUGAACGCGGUGAUGAUAAAGAUGCUAUUCGUGAUAAUGAAGCAAUCUUAAAUACUAUCAAAAAAUGUGCUAACAUGGAAAUUACCAGUUUCAGUGUGAUUUGUUUUUGUGUUGCUAUCACGGUUGGUAUCAAUGGAGAUGAUGUCAAAUCAAUUGAAUUAUUAGUGAAGUUUUUGGGUGACGAAAUCUCGAGCAAUUCGUGUUUGGUUGUUACGCACUGUGAAUCAAAAAAUCAAGAACAGCGCAACAAGAUAAAAGAAGAAUUACGAGAGGAUUCAUUUUUCAAACAAAUCGCAACAUUCUUCAAAUUAGGGGUCUUCUUUUCAGGUUCCAUUAACCGUGAUAAUUACAAUAAUGGAAAUGAAUGUGUUCUCGAUGAAUACGUAACAAUCUGUGAAUAUCGCUCAGAAUUAAUCAAACUCUUUACUGCCGAUCUCAAACCAUUUCCAAUCACAGAGUCACAAAUCAGUGACAUACGACGUGCUAAUACGGCCAAGCAGCUUGCGUUGAAUGAAUUAGAAAACACAGAAAAUAAAUGCAAAGAACAAGCCCACAUCAAUGAAGCUUUACUAAUGCAAUACACAAUACAGAUCCACACUAUCGAAGAUUUACAAAGGCAACAUACAGAGAAACUACGUAGCAUCGAACGAUUACAAAGGGAAAGCACAGAGCAAAAUCGUACUAUCCGAGCUUUGGAAACCAAGUGCCAGGAUUUCAAGUCUAAAAUCGAAGUAUUGAACAGCCAUAUUGAAGAAGAACAACUAGCGCUCAGUUUGCUACUAGAAUCUAGCCCCUCACGGGGGCUUAACGCCCUCGAAGCUCGCUGUCCGAAUAUUUUCUGCAAAUACAAGUUCUCACAAGCAUAUGCCAAUAGGCGCCCAUAUCAGUGA